GCUGGGCGGGAGGUGAUGGGGACGCUCUUCGGCGCCACCGACGAGGCCUGCCUGCUAGCAGCGGUCGUGGCGGCGCCGCGGCGGAUCUUCGUCUGCCCGCCCGGCAAGAAGAAGGAGAGCUUGGCCUGCGUGCGCGGCUUCUGCCCCACGUCCGACACGCUGGCGGCGUACGCGGCCUGCAAGGCCGCCCAGGGCGUCGACGGCCUGGGCCCCUGGUUUCCGCGACUCCACGGAGGACUUCGAGGGCUGGAAGGCGGCCCGCUCCGAGGGGUUUUGCGAUCGCUGGGCUGGGGACCUGUUCCUGGUCCCGAAGCGCCUGAAGCAGUGCCCACCCCGCCAGCCGCCCACGCGCAGAGCCGCCC